AAAAGAUUCCUGGAGAAGGAAGAGUUAAAGAGGCGGGAACCCAGUAGAGUGACACUCAGAGACAGAGAGAUGUACGGUGGGAACAACCAAUUCGACGGCAACGCGGCGUUUUCCGGCGGCGGUUUCAUGCCGUCGCAGGCCACUCAAACCGCCAGCGAUCAUUCUUUCUCUCCGGCUAAGAAUCGUGAUUCACAGACUUUGAUUCCAUUAACCGUCAAGCAAAUUAGUGAAGCCUUUCAAUCAAGUGAUGAUAAGACAAAUUUUCUCAUUGAUGGUGUUGACGUGAAUAAUGUAAAACUGGUGGGUAUUUUAUGCAACAAAGUGGAAAGGGUUACAGAUGUAUCAUUUGUGGUGGAUGAUGGAACAGGGCGCCUUGAUUGUUUUCGAUGGGUAAAUGAAGCUGUUGAUACCAAGGAAAUGGAAGCAGUGACAAAUGGCAUGUAUGUUCGAGUCCAUGGACACUUGAAAGGCUUUCACGGUAAAAAGCAGUUGAUGGCUUACUCAGUCAGGCCUGUGGAUGACUACAAUGAGAUUGCAAACCACUUUGCAGAAGUCAUUUAUGUUCAUAGCUACAACAUUAGUCUACGGAAGCAACAUGAUAGUUUCUUUCCGUCAGCUCAAGUACCUAGCUCAACUUUUAACACUCCUUUAAAGGGAUACCAAGCUUCAGCGUCAAAUCCAUUUCCUGGAUUCAGCAUGGACGGGAUCAGAGGUGUAGAUAAAAUGGUCUUGGACUACUUGCAACAACCAUCGUGCCUUGCACGUGAAAAGGGGGUUCAUCGCAAUGAGCUUGUCCAACAGCUACAAGUCCCUUCAGAGAAGAUCUUAGAAGCUCUUGAAUCUCUCGAAUCAGAAGGCCUAAUUUAUACCACAAUAGAUGAGUUUCACUACAAGUCUACUGGAAACGGUUGAUGUUGAUGUGGGAGAUGAAAUUGAUAAGCAACUUUAUGUGUCCUUUUCCAUGUAUAUUUGCUGGGUUUUUUUCUAGGAUAGAUUGUUGUUUUUUCCCUCAAAGAGUCUUUUGUGAACUAUGUUUGGUAGCAUUUGACAGUUGCAACUUUUACCUCAUCUCUUACCUUGAAGGAUAAAUUAUAAUUUUAGCCUGUGGACUAUGUAUGGCCUUAUCUUUUGAUUUUCCUGGAUUUGGUCCAACCUAAUCUCACUUGAAAUGAUGUUGAUAA